AAAUUUCCAAAAGCAUCUUUCCGCCAGCUUCGAAUAAUCGCAGCUAUUGAUUUGCUCGUUUUCGGUACUCACACACUCUUUCUCUCUGGCGGGCGGCGGCGACGAUCCUCCAUCUCCGCCGCACAAGAGGUAGGGUUUCGGCAAUUGCUAAACUAUCUCCGCCGCUUGUCACUCGACGUCUCCUCUAAAACCUAGCGAGCAGAGGCACAAAAAGAAAGUAAGGCUGACAUGAUGGAUUACGGGGCGGCCGACCAAACCGGCAUCGCCUUUUACGGCGACGACCAAGAGGAAGAUGAACUCCAGUAUGAGGAAGAAAACCAACCUGAGCUGUAUUCAGGAGGUGGAGAAGAUGCGGAACCACCGCCACCGCCAAUUUGCAGCGCGGAUGAUAUUGCUGCAAGCCAAGAAUUGAAGCAUUCAGUCAAUGAUUCUUCUUCUUCUUCAGCUGGAAAGCUGUUUGUUGGAGGCAUUGCUUGGGAGACGUCUGAAGAAUCUUUUAGCAGGUAUUUCAGCAAGUAUGGAGAAAUAGUUGAUUCUGUAAUAAUGAUGGAUAAGGUUUCUGGAAGACCACGGGGUUUUGGAUUUGUUACAUUUGUUGAUGCAGAGGUGGCGAGUAAGGUUUUGCAGGAAGAACAUGUCAUCGAUGGUCGAGUGGUAGAAGUAAAGAGGACAGUACCUAGGGAGGACAUGCCACUCAGAGGAGUUUCAAAAACAAAGAAAAUAUUUAUUGGUGGUAUUCCAAUCUCUCUAACUGAAGGUGGAUUGAAGGAAUAUUUCUCUUCAUAUGGCAAUAUUGUUGAAUGCCAAAUAAUGAUGGAUCACAAGACUGGUCGGCCCAGAGGCUUUGGCUUUGUAUCUUUUGAUAAUGAAGAUGCUGUUGAAAAGGUUCUAUCUGAUGGACGCAUGCAUGAAGUUAGUGGCAAACAAGUUGAAAUUAAGAGGGCUGAGCCAAAAAGAGCUGGUAUUGAUCAUCCAAGUGAAAGUAGAAUGUCUCGUGCUGGUGGUAGUAGUUUGAAGCCGUAUGGCAAUUUUAACAAUGUUGCAGAAGAAUAUGGUAGUGGAUAUGGUGGAAAAAUGAGCAACGGUUAUGGUGGGUUUGGUAGCUACGGUGCUUAUGGCCACUACAUGGGGAAUUACGGCAUGAGCUCUGCAGGAUUUUAUGGUGGCUAUGGUGGAUAUGGGUAUGGAUUUGGAUUUGGUGGUGCUAUGUAUGGUGCUGCAGGAUAUGGAGGCGACAACUAUGGGGCUCCUGGUAAUUAUGGUGGUGCUAAAGGAUAUGGCAGUGGUGUUGGCAUUGGGUAUGAUGGCAGCGAAAGCCAUGGGAACGUUGGCAAUGCUUCUGGGUAUGGUGCACCCAAGGGCCAUGGCAGUGGCAAUGGCAGGGGAUAUGGAAACAAUGGCGCUGCAGCUGGAGCUGGAAGGUUCCAUCCUUAUAGGAAGUGAGACCUUUUAGUUAUUGAGAUGAAGUUUAACUUUGUUUUGACUAACCACUGGGUAGAUGUAUUAGUAUGUGAUUUAUGAGGAAAGUACCACUCACUGUACACUCCCUCCCUUAGAACCUAAUAAUUUCAUUAGUUUUGGGGGAAGAGUAGAAAUUAGCAUACUUUGAUGCAUAUUAUAUUGUAGACAAAUUUUCCUUCUGCAGGGUUGUUAGGUAUUGCCAGUUACUGAUCAUAAGAUAUUUUCAUAGGUAUAUACAUAUUGGUGUCUUCACUCUUCUCUAGAUCCAAAUCAUGUAUUUACAGGUGAUUGGGAAAAUCUCUUAACAUUUGAUGAAUGAUAUUUGG